AUGCUUGCAUUGAUACUCUGUGUGCUUGUCCUUUCGAUAAUUCAUGUUGUCGUUAAGAACUUUUGUCACCGCCGAAGGAGAUGUAGAGCACUUGACAAAUCCUCGACCACUCGACUACCGGCGAUCACUUCCGAGACAAGACAACAAACAAGAAGAAUUCCCGAUACUUCCCUUAUCGAUGAUCAAAAUGAUCAGCCACCUCCAUAUCACACGCUUGUUUUUGCA